UGUGCAUAUGUAUACGUAUAUGAAAAUACUCUUAUGUGUAUAUAUUUUUUUGUUUGCCGUCUUCAUGCUAUGCCGGUAGUGCUCUUCUAGUCGUCCUUUUUUCAACUUUUUCUCGUUAAGGGCCAGGUCUUUGUCUAUUUUAAAAUAUUUUUUACACGACUGUGAUUGAAAUGUUUGUUUUCGUUGUGUAAUAAUUAAGCAUUGAAUACGCAUUGCGCUGGUUCGCAAUAAUAUAUUUGUAAGUGCACAUGAGGCAGGAUCUCCUCCUUAAAUUCGGCUGACGAAUGAGUCUAACUUUUACGCGCGUGCGACAGUGAUUUGCCGUUGUACGGAAAAAACGGGCACGAGAUCUUCCAGACUUAGUGUAUCGUGCUACGCGGUAAUUGCAGCCUCUUUCUGCAUGAGAGAGAAAAGAAUUAAACUUUCUUAAUUAGAGUGAUAAAACAUUUCAAAAUAAAUCAGAAUGUCAAAAUCAUCGGGAAGUAUAAAAGAAAAUACGAAAGGAAGUAAAAAAAGUGCCACAGAUGGGGAUCCAAAUAGUCCUUACGAUGCAGUGGAAGGGAGUGGCAACGAGAUCAAAUUGGAGGCAAAAAUGUCCUUGCUGAAUGGAGUGACGGUUAUUGUUGGCUCAAUCAUUGGUUCCGGUAUCUUUGUCAGUCCAACUGGUGUUCUAAUGUAUACUGGUAGCGUCAAUGCGAGCCUUCUAGUAUGGACAGCUUCUGGAAUAUUUUCUAUGGUCGGCGCCUACUGCUACGCGGAGCUCGGAUGUAUGAUUCGGAAGUCCGGAGCGGAUUAUGCGUAUAUUAUGGAGACAUUCGGCCCGUUUAUGGCAUUUAUGAGACUUUGGAUCGAAUGUAUGAUCGUAAGGCCCUGCAGCCAAGCCAUUGUCGCUCUCACUUUUAGCAAAUAUGUACUGAAGCCCGUAUUCCCGGAUUGCGCGCCACCCGAUGAUGCCGCCAGGUUAUUGGCUGUCUGUUGUAUAUGUAUCUUAGCUUUUGUGAACUGCUGGGAUGUAAAAUGGGCCACGCGCGUUCAGGAUGUCUUUACGUAUGCUAAGCUUUUGGCGUUAUUCAUCAUCAUCGGUGCUGGCGGAUAUCAACUCGCUCAUAAUCAAACACAGUACUUCACGUUUGAUAACACAAAAAUGGAGGUUACGCAGAUAGCAUUGAGCUUUUACUCAGGACUAUUCGCGUAUAAUGGCUGGAACUACUUGAAUUUCAUAAUAGAGGAGCUAAAGGAUCCUGUAAGAAAUUUACCUCGAGCUAUCGGUAUCUCUUGCACAUUGGUGAUGAUUGUGUAUGUUCUGACGAAUGUAGCUUUCUACACAACUCUUAAUCCGCAAGAAGUUUUGGGUAGUGAAGCUGUCGCAGUUACCUUUGCUAAUCGGUUGUUUGGACCGAUGGCCUGGACAAUACCGGUAUUUGUUGCUCUAUCUACUUUCGGUGCGGUCAAUGGCAUUUUGCUUACAUCAUCAAGACUUUUUUACGCUGGAGCUUGUGAAGGACAGAUGCCUGAGAUUUUAACUAUGAUACAAACCUCGAGAUUGACACCCACUCCAGCUGUAAUUUGCAUGGCUUUAUUGUCUAUGCUUUACCUGUGCUCUUCUGAUAUCGUAGCUCUAAUAAACUACGUAGGUUUUGCUACAUGGUUGAGCAUCGGAGUAUCAGUAUUAUGCGUUCCAUGGCUACGGUGGGCUCAGCCAAAUCUACCAAGACCCAUAAAAGUUAAUCUGGCCUUUCCAAUUAUCUAUAUUCUUUGUACACUCUUCGUCACAAUUGUACCAAUGUAUGCAAGUCCUGUCGAAACAGGCUAUGGUUGUUUAAUGAUUUUUUCUUCUGUACCGAUUUACUUUGCUUUCAUCGCUUGGAAAAAUAAACCCAAAUGCUUUCAAGAAUCUGUUGUAAGUUUCACCAAGUUUCUACAAAAAAUUAUUUUGGUGGUGGGCAAACCAAAGCCUACGAAGAUUUAAAUUAGCUCAAUUGAAAUCAACGUUGCAGGAAAAAGAUGUGAUGUGUUAUGAUAAAUCGCCUAUUUUCUUAUAUAUAAAUAACGUAUAACAAUAAAAUACGAGAAAUAAAAAAAACAUGAAAAAAUGAAACAAUGCUUGAUUUUUCAACGUAUACACAACUGGCCGUCCACGAUCAGCUUUCAGCCAUUGAUUGAGGAUGGCUCAUCUUGUUCCUUAGAAGAAAAGAAUAAUUAUUGUGUAGUAAUAUUUUUGAAAAUAAUAUUUGGCUGUUGUAUUGUUACUAUAAUAAUACACAUACGAGCGGGCGCUUGCGUGUGUGCCUCCAUUUACCCACACUGAUUAUUAAAUACGUAAUUAUGUUAAUCUUGUCUUAACAUGCAUUUCUUAAUUUACAUUCUACUGCAUCUUAAUGUUAAAGCACGAAUUUUAUUAAUAUAAACAUUUCCAAAAUAUUACAAUUCAAUACGAAUUAUAGUUUCGCAUUGAAAAAUCAUUAUUAUUACAAACAGCACACUCUGCUACUUACUAUGACAUCGUAGCUAAUAGUAAAAUGUUUACAUUCAGAGAAUAAAAAAUUGCCUUACAAUGAAUUCAUUUGGAAAUAAAGUGAAUUUUUAUUAAGACAGAUUUAAAUUAAAAUGAUGUUAAGACUUGAUUCUUCUAUCAAUAAACAUAUGUAAGAAAAAUGAAUUUCAUCGUAGCGACAAAUUAUUUUGUUGAAAAUGAAAUCGUUGUUAGUAUUUAACAGUGACUAAUUUUUGAACAAUGUUAACGCUUAAAUAUUCUAAUAGUAUAUAGAAUAUAGUUUCAACAAAAAAAUUUGUUAUUCAAGUAUUUGUAUGCUGCAGCUACUACUUUCGGAUAAUAAUUUAUUUUUGAACGAGUAAUAAAUCACGCUAUUUUAAGAUUUUUAAAAAUAAUAGUUUCAAAACUUUUUAAAAGGAUGCAAUUUUCCAACAUUGCGGUUUCUUAUUAAUAUUUUUUUGAAUGUUUUUAAUGAAACCGAAGUUGCAAUCAUAUCAAAUUUAUUACCGAUAAUAUCGAUUUA